AUGGUCACUCAAAUUGAUACUUAUUUUUUAGAUAUAGACACUUUAAUUAAAUCUCAAUUCGAAGAUAACGUUCAAAAUAAUUCCCAAGUUGAACAAAAAUUCAAAGAAGCAAUAAUAUUAAUUAAUGAAAUCGAUGAUGAGAAUCAACAUAAAUCAUAUAAAUACAAAUAUCAUAAAACUUAUCAUAGUUAUUUAACCGUAAUCGGUGAUGUAGAAGGUGCUAAUAGACAUGAAAAGUUAGCGAAGAAUUGUGAAAAAUAUUUAAAUACUCAUGCUGAGGAAAGGCAACCCAUAUUGUAUACUGAUGAUGUAGUAUCCAAUACCGUCAAUCAAGAUUGUUAUCUUGAAAGAAAAAUUUCGGAAGAAUUAAAACAAAUUCGUCCAAUUUUAAAAGAUGAAUUGAUUGAAAUUGAAGUAGUGGAUACACUUAUUAAAGAGAUAAGCCGAGUUUUUGAAAAGCUUAGUAAUGUAGCUAAGACCUUUGAAGGUUAUCAAGAAGCAAUAGAUUGUGAGAUUUAUAUGAAUAGGUUAGUAGAUAGCUUAAUUCAUGAAAGGUUAAUCGUUUUAAAAGCUAGUAGUAAUAGUGAAAAUGGACUUGCUGAUAAGUCUUCAAAAGUUAAAAACAUUAGUACAGAAUUGAUAGAACAUUUGAGAUGUUUAGAAGCAUUUGCUCAUGAUGCAGCAUAUUCAAAAAGAACAGAAAUUGUUUCGUUUUUAUCGGAUUCUUCAAAUAAAAUAGGAAUACUAUUCAGAAAUGUUAUAAAUACAGAAGAAGAAAUUAAUAAACGCGCUAGAGUUCUUUGUUCAUGGUUUCACCCAGAUAAAACCAAAAAUUCAAAAAGUCCAUAUGUUCUUCGAGACAAACAUAAAAGUCAAGCCGAUGAGUUAUUUAAACUCGUCCUAGGCUUCAAGGAACAUUUAUUAAAUAAGUUGAAAAAAACUUUAGAAAUAGAGGACUAUGAAAAAUAUGGACAUGAACUUUGGAAAACUGCUAUUGAUUAUAAUCACGCAUUUAGAGGAAGAUGGAACAAAUUAAAAAUGUUAAAAGAAGAUAAUAUCAAAGAGCUCUCUCAAGAGUCAUUAGAACUUAAUAGCAAAAUUAUGGGAGAAUUGGCUUACCAUCAAUAUCGAGCAGCGUGCAAAAUUGCGGAUAAAGCUAAACUACUAAAAAUACAGGUAAAACUGAGAGGAUAUAUGGCCUUGUGUUUAUAUUUCACAAACCAAAGUUUAGAAGCACCACUAUACGCUUUAGCGGCAAUCCUUUUACAAGUUAAAAAUUCAAGUAAUUUUACACAACAAGAAUUGGAUGAUGCAAAAAAUAUACUUGAUAAAGUUAAUAGUAGGAAAGAAGAGAGAGAAAAUAGUGAAGAAGGAGUGUCUUCUAACUCGACUACUGAUAUUAAAUUAGAGAAUGACCUUAAUAAUGCGAUGGCUUUAAUAAGAACAUAUGAUAAAGAGAUCUCUCUCAGUAAUAAAGCAUUUAUUCAGAAUUCGAUCAAUAAAAAUUUAAUUAAUACGGCUACUAAAUUACUUGUUAAGGCGGAACGUAGGUUGGUUUGUUUAGAAGCAUCACUUAAUGAGAUUUCCAAUACAAAGCAGCACGCAAAAGAGUAUAAGGCUAAAGGAGUUGUAGUUACUGCAAGUGGAGGUGUAGUAGGAUCAGCAGCAUUCUUAAAUGCCGGAUUAAAUUUUGCUCUGUGUGGACCGAUUGGGUUAUUUGCAGGAGCAACCUGUCUUGUUGUAGGGUUAUGCUAUGGUUAUUAUUUGUUUAAAAAAGGCGAAGAGAUGUUUAAAGAGCCAAAGAUUCGAGAAAAUCUCAAUAAGAUCAUAAAUGAAGCGUUAAGUGCAUAUGAUAAAGAAAAAUAUCAAAAGUUCAUUGAUAUACUUUCUGAGGAAUAUGAUGAAAACAAGCGCCUCUUAAAUUUCCACGAUAAAGUUGGGAUUGUGGGUAUUGAUAUAAUCAAUACCCUCAAGACACAUGGUUUCCGGUCUGAUGGUAUAGCAUAUUUACUUGUUGUACUUGGGGAAGUUUUAGGUAGUGGAAAAAUAAACAUCGAAGGUGUCACACAUGCAGUUUUGAAAGCUGAUGCAAAAAAAUUAUUUCGAAUGGCAUUGGAUGAAGAACUUGUGAAGGAGGCAGAGGAGCUAGAUAAAUGUACAAGUCAAUUACGACAAACCAACUUAGGGAGCCUUGAGAGAUAUCUUAAAAGUACUUGUGGUAAAAUCAAAGAUUUUGUAUUAUCAGAAGAACGCACAAGAUUGGCCCUAGAAUACCUACAAGACUCUCAGGAAAUGCCUUUUUUUUCAAGGUUAGAAGAAGUACGUAAUAUUGCAAAGAUCAAUAUUGCAAUUCUUAAUAUAAUAGAAUAUGAUGAUGACGCAUAUAAAGAAGCAAAACAAACUGUUGAAGAAGUUCGUAAAUCUGUAAAAGAAAAUUAUCAAUUUAUUAUAAAAUCUAAAUUACGUCUAGAAGUCUUGGAGGAUUUCUUGUGGGUAAUUAAUGGUGAAGAUCUAUCCGACAGUAAUGGUGAUCUAUCUGAACCAUCUAAUACAUCUUUAUUAAUCACAUUUAACACUACAAUGAAGACAGAUCCGAAAUUGGAUGAUAAAUAUAUUAAUUAUUUGAAUAACCAACGGUCUUUCAACCAAAAUAAAUAUUAUGAAGCAAUUUACUUUGAAUAUUUGGCCAAAAAGGAGGCUAAAAUUAACAAGUUAAAUAGUUUACGUUAUUGGCAAUCUGCUCAAGAAAAUUAUGAGAUUGCACGUGGAAUAGAUUCUAGUAAUCUGCUUUAUUCCCUUGGAUAUGCAAGAUGUCUAUUAAAAUUGUCUAAAUAUACACAAGUUAUCAAGCUUUCUGAUACAUGUCCAGCAUUGAAUUCAUCAUCAGAAUAUUGGCAUUUUCGUAGUGUAGCUUAUUUUAAGCAAAAAAAAUAUGAAGAUGCUAUUUCAUGCAAUUCUGAAGCACUAAAAUUGGAUCCUGGAAAUAAUUCUGCUGGUAAACAUAGGGAACUUAUCAAAAAAUUGAAUGUAAAUAAUGUAGUAAGAAACCGCAUUAAUCGCUAUAAAAAAGAGUUGAUAUAUGAAACAGAUUAUUUGAAAAAUUCUUAUUGUGAUGAACGACCUGUCUACAAUAUUCUAUCAAUUGAUGGUGGAGGAAUACGCGGAGCAUUGCCGGCCUUAUGGCUCAGCGAGUUGGAAUAUCGUACUCGGAGACCCAUUGCUCACUUAUUUAAUAUGAUAGCUGGAACAUCGACUGGUGGAAUCAUUGCUGCUGGAUUAUCGGCGCCACAGUUCAAACCUAUUUUUAUGACAGAUGAACGUAUUGAAUACCAACAUUCAAAUUUAAUCCCAAUAUUUUCAGCUUCAGAUUUAUUGAACAUUUACAGGAACGGAUCCAAAAAUUUAUUCACUAAGUCAACAUCAUGGUUCAAGGUACCUAUAUGGUCAAAAGUACAAAAUAAAUAUACAGAUGAGGGUCGUUCUACUAUUUUUAAACAAUACUUUGAAGAAGUAAGAAUAUGCCAUUCUCUUACUGAAUUGGUUAUUCCUGCUGCAAAUGAAAACUACACACACUUAUUUAAUCGCUAUGAUGCUCGUAAAAAUAGUAGGAAUGCUAUGAUAAAUAAUACUUUUGUUGACAUGUUAAUGGCAACAACAGCUGCACCUACAUUUUUUCCACCUUAUAAAAUCGGUAAUAAGAAUUUUAUAGAUGGAGGGAUACAUCUUAAUAACCCAGCAUCAACGGCUUAUAGUGAGGCUAUCCGAUAUAAUGUGCCAGAUGAAAGGAUUUCUGUACUUUCUCUAGGUACAGGAUGUUAUUUACCAGAUCCUUCAAAUCCUGAUCAAUAUAAUUUACUUUUUUGGGCACAAAAUCUUCCUCAAUUCAUGAUAUCUGCACAAGAAAGUAACACAGAUCGUGAAAUGUAUACUAAAUUAAAAAAUCGGUAUCAACGAUGGCAAGUCUUUCUUGAGGAACCUAUAGAAUUAGAUGAUCAUGAAGGUAUUAAUAAUCUUUUAGAGUUGGGUUAUCAACAUAUAGAAGAACUUGAUUGUUCCGAUGAAAAUCCUAUUAAUAAGUUGAUGCAGGCAUUUGAAGAUGUAUGGUUACGUCCAAUUGACGUGUUGUCACAUCAAAAGAGUCAUAACGUCGUAGGUCAUAAUAUUUGA